UAUCAUAUAAGUACGAGGAGAAAUACCAAAAUCUCACGUACGCCACAAUCAAACGAAACAGUGCCUAAUGAGCGAAGGAAUAUAUGCAAAGUAUUCUCCCACCCCUCAAAAUCUGCAGUGGUUGGAAGUAUGGUUAAGGAUACUCGAUCUAGUGUCAGAGCGAGGAAUGAGGAAAACAGCAAUCUAAAAGGGAAACAAAAUGGCGAAAAGGCUUCAACAAGAGCAGGUUCUACUACACCAGAUUCAUCUGCUUUAAGAAGGUCUGCAAGAGAAACAGCAUUGAAGAAAAAGAUUGUUGGGACCCCUUCCAAAUCUAGAGAAUCUGAUCAACUUGACAAGCAAUCACCUAGCACUCGUCGUGAUAAGAAGAAACAUGGUACUGUUGAAAGUAAGAACAUGCUUUAUCCACUUAGAAGAUCCGAGAGGGGUAAAAAGCAGUCUUCAUCUCCCUCUUCAGGAUCUGGAUCUAAGAAAUUAGAUAAAAGUUCAUCUACCUCUUCAGGAUCUGUAUCUAAGAAAUCAGAUAAAAGCUCAGGCUCACCAAAUACGAAGGGAAAAAAGGAAAAGAAAGAGAAGAGUAUUGAACAGUUGAAUCUUGAACCUAGAGAGGCUGGCAAAUCUCCAAAACAAGACAAGGUUUCCAAAAAUGCCACAAGUAAGAGAAUGGAUGCUCGUGCUUACAGGGCAUUGUUUAGGGAAAAGCUUAAGACAGCUAAUUCAUCUGACUGUCAAGAGCAGCCGAAGAUGCCAAAAAGCAACAAUCAUUGUGAUAGCAAUAGUUGCAAGGAAGACUUAAAUGGGAGCAAUAAGUGCAGUGAGAAGAGUAAAGAAUUGGGAAGCAAUUGUCUAGAUAAAUCGUCUACCAGAGCUUUGGAUGUCUCUAAUGAGACUGUUACUAAAGAAUCAAGAAGUAAAUGUCUAGAGGAGUCUUCUAGGUAUUUGGAGGACCAUUCUGAAACUAGAAGUAAAACUUCCAAGGAAGUAGUAGAAAAUGGCAUUGAAUUGGAUUUCUUCCCAUCAAGCCAGAAGUCCUCCGAGGAAGAGGUGCUGACUAAACUGUCAAAUGAAGAUGGUGGUAGUGUAGGUGCAGUUAUUCAUGCAAAUAAGAAAUUGAAAACAUUAGAGAGAACCAAUUCUAUACCUGAAGAAAAGACGGUUGAAGACCGUAUUGACUCAGAUGGGGAAUGUAAAUUAAUUUCUUUGAAAAGAAAAGGAAGCAUGGUGCACUCGGAUUCUAAUGUCUCAGUAAGAAAUGAAAGUGAAAGUACAUGCUCUUCACCUACUGGAGCCGUCCAGUUAUCAUCAUCUCCAUGUAGACGGAGUGAUCAAGUUGAGACAUGUGGAAAAUGUUCGAAGAGACAAAGGUUAGACGAUAAUUCACUGAAAGACUUCUGCUCUUGUGCGGAAAUAGAUCAGCAGAAUGAAAAGAUAUCCAUUGAUAUGGAUAGAGGGAAGUCCAUGGGCAAUGUCAUUACAGAUCCUACUGUAAAUUGUGUUUGGUGUAAACUGGAAAAAGCAUCAUUGGACAUCGACCCAAAUGCAUGCCUUAUCUGCAAAGUUGGGGGAAAACUCUUAUGCUGUGAAGGAAAAGAAUGCAGAAGAAGCUUCCAUCUUUCUUGUUUAGAUCCUCCCUUGGAGAAUGUUCCUCUUGCAGUUUGGCACUGUCCGGUGUGUAUUAGAAGGAAGAUCAAGUUUGGUGUCCAUGCUGUGUCAAAGGGUGUCGAGUCCAUCUGGGAUACAAGAGAAACAGAGAUAUCGGAUACUGAUGGGUUGCAAAGGCAGAAGCAAUAUUUUGUGAAAUUUAAAGAUCUUGCUCAUGCUCAUAAUCGGUGGUUACCAGAGAACGAAUUGCUUUUGGAAGCCUCGAGCCUUGUUUCAAGAUUCAACAGGAAAAAUCAGUAUUCAAGGUGGAAGCAAGCGUGGGCUGUUCCACAGCGUUUGUUACAGAAGAGAUUGUUAUUAUCUGCUAAGCUAUGUGAGGAGCAUGAUGGAGAAUUUUCUGGGGCUGAAUUGAAUUGCCAAUAUGAGUGGCUUGUUAAAUGGCGAGGCCUUGAUUACAAAUUUGCAACAUGGGAGUUGGAAAAUGCUUCAUUUCUAAGUUCACAUGAUGGUCAACGUCUUAUGAAAGAUUAUGAAAGCCGCUAUGAAAAGGCCAUGUUAGCUUCCCAUGCCUCAGAAGGGGACGAGGACCAUGAGUUGCAGAUGCUGGAGAAGAAAAGAACUGCUGUGGUUAAUCUGUCCCAGUUUACAGAUAAAGAUACCUGUGGCUUUAAUGAUAAUUAUUUAAGUUAUGUCAACAAGCUUCGUCAAUUUUGGCAUGAGGGGAAAAACGCUGUUGUGAUCGAUGACCAGGAUCGCAUGGCAAAGAUUAUUGCAUUCAUUUUAACUUUGCAGCCUGAUGUCCUCCGACCCUUUCUCAUCAUCUCAACUUCUACAGCACUUGGUUUAUGGGAUUAUGAGUUAUUGCAUUUUGCUCCAUCUUUCAGUGCUGUAGUUUACAAGGGAAACAAAAAUGUGCGGAAAAAUAUAAUAGAUCUAGAGUUCUACCAGGGAAAUUGCCCGAUGUUUCAAGCUCUGAUUUGCUCCCCGGAAGUAUUGAUAGAGGAUUUAGAUGUAUUGAACUGUAUAAAUUGGGAAGUAAUAAUUGUUGAUGAGUGUCAACGCCCAACAAUUUCUUCACAUUUUGAAAAAAUGAAGAUGCUGAAGGGAAAUAUGUGGCUUCUUGUUCUUUCUGAUCAGCUAAAGGAUAUCAAAGAUGAUUACCAUAAUAUUCUCUCCGUACUUGACGUGAAUGACCAAGUUCAAAGUGAAGAUACUCUGAAGACCAACGGUGCUGAUAACAUCAGCAGACUUAAGGAGAGAUUGUCUUAUCAUACUGCGUAUACUAGCACUUCUAAAUUUGUUGAAUAUUGGGUUCCUGCACGGAUAUCAAAUGUGCAACUUGAGCUUUAUUGUGCCACCCUACUUUCUAACUCUGGAUUGCUUUGCUCAUCAUUCAAAUGUGAUCUGCUCGACAACAUCCAUGACAUGCUCAUUUCAACUAGGAAGUGUUGUAAUCAUCCCUAUAUUGUGGACUCUUCAAUUGGACAUGUGAUCACGAAGGGGCAUCCAGAAGUGGAGUAUUUGGAUAUCGGAAUAAAAGCAAGUGGCAAGUUACAACUUCUUGAUGCAAUGCUAAAGGAGAUGAAAAAAAAGGGCUCGAGGGUCCUAAUUCUUUUCCAGUCAAUUAGUGGCUCUGGAAGGGACACCAUUGGUGAUAUUUUGGAUGACUUUUUGCGCCAGAGGUUUGGGCAUGAUUCUUAUGAACGCAUUGACGGGGGUCUUAUUUAUUCCAAGAAGCAAGCUGCUCUAAACAAAUUUAAUAACAUAGAGAGUGGAAGAUUUUUGUUUCUGCUAGAAGUUCGAGCAUGCCUCCCUAGUAUUAAACUUUCAUCAGUUGAUAGUAUUGUCAUUUAUGAUAGUGACUGGACCCCAAUGAAUGAUUUAAGAGCCCUUCAGAGAAUAACGCUAGAUUCUCAUUUGGAGCAGAUAAAAAUUUUCCGUUUAUAUACACCUUGUACUGUUGAAGAGAAGGUUCUUAUGCUGUCCUUGGAAAAUAAAACUUUGGAUGGCAAUUUACAGAACAUCAGCUGGAGCUAUGCUAAUAUGCUGCUUAUGUGGGGAGCAUCUGAUUUAUUCGCCGACUUAGAGAAGUUUCAUGUCAAAGAUAGAACUGAAGAUGCUUUGUCAGAUGCAACACUUUUGGAAGAGGUGGUAAAUGAUUUAAUAUUACUUAUUUCACAAGAUGCCAGAAGCACAGACAAGUAUGAUUCCCAUGUCAUAUUAGAAGUUCAACAGAUUGAAGGAGUCUAUUCUGCACACUCACCACUUCUUGGUCAAUUAAAAAUGGCAUCAACGGAAGAAAUGCAACCCCUCAUAUUUUGGACUAAGCUGCUAUAUGGAAAGCACCCAAAAUGGAAAUAUUCUUUGGAUAGAUCUCUAAGGAACCGGAAAAGGGUUCAACAGUCCGAUGAUUCCUUACAUAAAUCUCAAAAUGAGAUUGAGGAAUCUGUGAGGAAACGUAAAAAGGUAUCAAAUAGCAAUGUAAAAGUUGCUCAAGAGGAAAAUUUUACAAACAAGGAAAAGGAAGGUACUUCUAAAGAUCCAAAACGUACAUCUCAAAAUCCAACUAGUUUAGCUGCAUGUGAGGAUGAUUCAUCCAUUGAGAAUCAUCUAUCCACCUCAUCUUUGAUAGCGAAUGACAUCCUGAAAAUUCUUGAAUAUAAAUCGGUUGGAUUUGAUGAAAUAAGAAAGCUGACUGAUCUACGAAAAAGUCUCCAUUGUCUUUUGAUGCCUGGAAUAUCACAAUUAUGCAAGAUUUUGAAACUUCCAGAGCAUGUGGAAGGUCAGGUUGAAAAGUUUUUCGAGUAUAUAAUGGAUAAUCAUCACAUCUUAACAGAACCAGCAACAACUACAUUACUCCAGGCUUUCCAGCUAUCUCUGUGCUGGAGUGCAGCUUCCAUGCUCGACUACAAAAUUGACCAUAAAGAAUCGUUGGCACUUGCAAAGAAGCAUCUUAAUUUUGAUUGCCAUAAACAGGAGGUAUACUUGCUUUAUUCAAGAUUGAGAUGUCUCAAGAAAAUAUUCUCCAAACAUUUGGAGUGUUUCAGGGUCAAUGAAUCCCCAUACAAUGUGUUGUCUGACAAUGAGUUCCAGAAAGCUGUUGUAAAAAGUAUUAAUAGAAUACAGAAAACUUGCCGCAAGAAAUUCAAAAAACUUAAGCAGAAGCAACAAGAAGAAAGAGAUGAAUUUGAUAGAACUUGUGAUGAAGAGAAAUCACAGCUAGACAGACAGUUUCGGAUGGAGUCGGUUGUUAUUCGUUCUUGUUUGCAUAAUAGUCUUUUAAUGAGAAAGAAUAAGCUUCAGGUAUUAGAAAGUAGAUAUGCAAAAAAGCUGGAAGAGCACAAAUGUCAGAUGGAGAUACGGUGUAAGAAACUUGAGGAAGAGCAAAUUGAGGAAAGAAAUAAGAUGAUUAUGACAGAGGCUCAUUGGGUUGAUACAUUGACAUCUUGGCUCCAGGUUGAAUUAUUAAACAUGCAAAUUUUAAAUAAAACUAAGCAGAACCAGAACAGUUUGCCAACAACUGAGCAUUUCCAUGAUCUCCAAAAUGAUACAACCAUUUGUGAUCAUCUGUCAGAAGAGAGUCAUAGUAAGAUUCUUCAUAAUUUCUCUGGAACUGGGAAAGGAAUAUCUGAAAUUCCAGGAUCUGCUUCUUCUGAAGCUAUCAUCUGCAGUAAUACUAUUCAAAAAGGUUCUCUUCAAACUAGACAAAAUGGUGAGACUGCAGCUUUGGAUACCAUGGAUUCUCAAGGACCAUCUGCCACUGAGUUUGUGGAUGACUACAGGAUAAAUAUCAAAAAUGGAAUUGAAGGUUAUUUGACCUCUGAAGACCCUUGCUCUGCAGGAAAAGUGGCUGAGGGAGUCAUAUUGGGCAAUCCAAACAAAAAGAUAACUACAGAAGGGCCUAAUAGUAGAUGUUCUGUCCGUGUUGACAUGGUCUCUUUACUUCUGCCUACAUCAGGGGAACAGAUCUCCCAUGCUGAUAAAGAGCUCCCUCAUAAGCUGACUGAAGCCGGUGGUCUUAUUGAAGGUUUGCCUAGAGUUCCCCCCAUACCUUUGCUACCCUCUACAGAGGGAGGGGGAAAUGUGGCCACAAAGAAUACUGGGAGUGAAGUUUCAAAUGGAACAUGUAGAAUUGGCAAUUCCGAUCCAUUUGUGGAUGCUAAUAGCAAUCCAGAAACAUCUCCCCGUGAGUUGAAUUUGCCAAUCAAUGGGGUUGAAAGGUUAUCUGAGACUGAUUUAGUAGAUAUUAGGGAGAAUAUCUCUGCUAGUCAAUCUCCAUCUCAAGAAUUAAUUCCAAAUAAAUCAAUGGGAAACACGUCUGAAAUAAAAAUUUCAUCGAGAAUGAAUAUAAGUUCUUUUUGUGAAUCAUUAGAGGUUGGGUCCAGCAACCGUCAGAGUGAUGGCGAGAAUCUUAGUGAAUCGAUCAAUCCUUGUGUAGUAGAAAAUACAAUUGGUAAUGCCGACCCUAAUGUCCAUUCUCAUGAGCUGUCUGUCACCCUAUCUCCUCUGGAGCUUGCUGUUACACCUACCACCCAAGGCAAUGGUUCUUUAUUGUUUAAUCAGGCAGGGCAUGACGAAAUGAAUCAACAAUCUUCAGCUACUGGGUCCAUGGAUGACAUUAUGCAAGUUGCUGAAUUGGCGAUUGCUAAUGGGGACCUUGAAGCUCCAAUAUCAUAUGUUGCAGAUCAAUCUAAUCAGGAAGAAUGCGAGGAGAUGAACCUACAAUUUUCAUGCACUGGGUCCAUGGAGAACGUCAUGCAAGCUACUGAAAUGGUGAAUACUAACGAAGACCCUGAGGCUUCAAUUGCAUAUGUUUCUGAUCAGUCUAAUCAGGAGGAACAUGACGAAAUAAAUCUACAAUCUUCAUCUAUUGGGUCCAUGGAUGGCAUUAGGCAAACUACUGCAAUGGUGAAUACUAAUGGGGACACUGAAACUCCAGUUCCAUAUGUUCCCAAUCACUCUAAUCAGGAAGCACAAAUGAUGGAACCUCAAACACCAAUGGUGCCACGAGCAAUAAAUUCAUCUGUAGGCUUCUUUCAGGCUGAUUUAUCUUCAGCCGGUGGAAGGGAAGAUCACAUGGAUAGGGAAGACCAUUCCUCUGAUCGGCUUGCUCAGGCAGCAAGCCAACCAAUUGAAAACCCUAUUCAGCUCAUUGAUGAAGUUUUGUUACAACCUGUGACAUGUACUGCACCACAUUCUACCCUCAAUGUUGCCUUUAGUGAUAUAAGAACGUCCUUUCUGGACACAAGAACCCUAUCAGCUAAUUUUGAUAUUAGCACUGGUCUGAUGCAACCAACGCAGCCUUCAAUGUCACAAAUGUCUCCUUCGUUGUACAUUGAUCCACUUGAAAAGGAAUUGGAAAAAUUGCGCAAGGAAAUGGAACAGAACAUAGAUGUACAUGCAAAAAGGAAGCUGCAGCUGAAAUCUGAACGUGAGAAGGAAAUUGAGGAGAUUAAUAAGAAGUACGACACCAAGGUCCAGGAGUCUGAGACUGAGUUUGAUCUUAGGAAGAAGGACCUUGAUGUGAAUUACAACAAGGUUUUGAUGAAUAAGGUCUUGGCUGAGGCUUUCAGAUGGAAAUAUGUUGAUACUAGAUCAUGUGAUAUUAUUCCAGGUCUUGCACCACAGAUGCUUCAGCCAACUCUUCUGCAAAAUUUACCAGGGCCUCCUUUGGUAGGCCGGUCAUCUUUCACUCCACCCAUAGUCAGUUCGCAUUCAUCCAAUCCACCUUCUGUUAAUAUACAAAGGACCCCAGCUGUGGCUAAUCUUCCAACAAACUCACCUGUCUCUACCCAAGGUACAGCUUCAACCUCAAUACAUGGUCACCACGCAUCCACCCAUUUCUCAAGCAAUCCAAUGAGACCACCCCAUAUAGGAUCCAUCUCCUCUCUGACCGGAAACCCACAAGUUGGUAGUGUUAUUCGUGCACCUGCUCCUCAUUUGCAACCCUUCAGACCUACAUCAUCAAGUUCAGCAACUAAUCCUCGCUGUAUCGUGGGUCAACAUGGACCAAGCAACCCUUCUGCAACCCCUCCCUCAUUUCCUCAGCUUCCACCUCGGCCUCCCCCCUCUGCACCACAUCAAUCCAUUCCAUUGAACAGACCUUAUCGUCCCGAUAAUUUGGAUUCGGUGCAGUUGCCUACAGUUCCUAACAUGCCCUUAUCUGCAUUAGACUUGCUGAUGGAUAUGAACAGUCGGGCUGGUGUUAAUUUUCCACACAAUUUUCCUCUACCUGAUGUAGCCUUGAAUACACACCAAUCUGUCCCGCCAGUUAGUACAGGUAGCAAUAGCAUGCAGGUUAAUGCAGUUAAUACGACUGGAGAUUCGGAUGUUGUCUGCUUGUCAGACGAUGACUAACCAACCUGACAGAGAAAAACAAGGUACAUUUUUCUGACUUUCGAAGCUCUUUGUAACAUAAGGGCAUAACUAAGAUCUAAGGGGUGUGGGGGAGAGUGCAAAAUUUGAUAUCUGAGACCGAUGAAAUAUUGUAGAUAUACGUGGCUCUCGACUCCAAAUGUGUAUAAUGUAAAUAUCCAUUAACCGUCUACAAGGGUGGUGAUCUGGUUAUGAAUAUUAUUUGGCAGUUUAGAACAGAUUAGUUCUUUUCUUUUCUUUUUUCUUGAAUUAUUUUGACUUCAUCUUUGAUUCAAACCCUACAUGGAAUUUGAAGGAAAUUGAAAUUGAUACACCAAGAGAUCCUAUAGAAUGCCCUUUGGCAUCUCUUGUUUCAACUGUUA